CUUUCAUGAAAAAAGGUUCUUACUCAUACUCGUACGCAUACUCUUUCCUAAAAACAAAUAGAAGAAAUACAACAAAAAGAGCAGGAUCAUGCCUGACCCCGAUCGCGGGGGCCUUGCCCCCGAAGGCGGGCCUCCCAUCGCAGCGAAAGACGAUGAGGAGGACGAGUAUUUCCCAGACGAUUUUCAUGCAGACGAGGGGGAGCACAAUCAGCUUGACGAGGACGGUGGCGAUGGCUUUUCGCCCAAUGAUGGGGAUGAUUAAGGCACUAGACUGCACAUAGUACAUGGACUCUUAGGCAUGUUGCCGAAUAGAUUCAAACCAUCAGCGCCUGGACUCUUGUCCGGGACCACAGUCAUGAUUUUUUUAUCGGAUAGUCGCAGAUUAUCUGGCUUUUUUGUAAGUAGGUAAUCGCAGGAAGGUCUUCUCUAAAUCCGUGGGACAAACAUCCAUUCAGAUCAGGAGCACCAUGUCAGUUUCGAGCGGCCUCCACGCUUAGCGGAGCCGAUACCUGUAGACUUCGAUCCGGAGAGGAUGGCGGGACAUGCUAGAAGUAGUGGUAGCCGGGCACCUGCGAUACAUCCAGAUUAAGGCUACAUCUACCACUAGUCGAUACAUCUACCACUAGCGAUACAACAUCUACCACACCUGCGAUACAUCUACCACUAGUCGAUACAUCUACCACUAGUCGAUACAUCUACCACUAGUCGAUACAUCUACCACACCUGCGAUACAUCUACCACUAGUCAAUCUCCACUAGGAGCGCAUCUCUAUAAUGUAUAAUAUUCAAGGGGGGAACUCGGAAAGCUCGGACGAGAAGACACAAUCAGGAUGGACCACGCGCACCUCUAACUAGACUACUUGAGUGACACCAUGCCGGGCCAUCGCUUUCUGUCGAAAGGGUGUAGAGCACGGUUCUCUGACGCAGCAGGACUCUUUCUAGACGGCAAAGGAGGAACAGCGGAUGCUGCGGCAGCUAAGAGGUUGUUUGAGCAGGUCACUUUGGAGCUGAGGACGCAUAUUAAAGAAAGGGAGUUAAGGGCGUGAUGUAGUUCGAGUUCGUGAAAAAGGAUGUGAUGGAUGAACUAGAAAUUAAGAAGUACUAGAAUCUUGAUUCUUCUAUUGCCAAGCAGUACUCUGAGUUGGUAAAGAGAGCUAAGAACGAGGAGCUAAAGAACUAGAUGUGAGCAGAUGCUUCUGCCAUCAUAGGCCAGAGCCUGUCCUCAUAGGCAAAGGCCGAACAGUGAUUGAAAAGAGCAACUAGAGGUUGCUUUACAUCAGUCUAAGAAACGCGGCAGAUGCGGAGAAGAUGAAUUUGCCGAUGGGCGUAGAAGCAACGCAACAAUUGCCAUGGAACAGCGCCGAGGCGAUAAGUAGCGAGUUAGUAGACUCAGUACGAGAACUCAGCGUCAGUGGUGCAGAGUUUAGGAGACCGGAGAUGGUACUGUACCAUCUUCUGGUUAAGCAUCAUUAUGUUAAUAAUGUUGUAGUUUCUUGCAUGCUGCGGGUUCCGGAAGGUCGAUCUAGGUAAUAGUUACACACUUGCGCCACUUGAUGAAGCUGAAUCCGUGAUGACCAAACUCAGGUGAAGCAGCUAUUCUUUUUCCAGCUCUUCUGGACUGAGGCGCUCGAGUCCUUGCUACAGCGGGACAAUUCCAAGACUGCGCAUUUACUUCUAGAGUACGGAUGUGGCAAUUUUGUGUCCGCGGAAGACGCCUUGCAGUGUCUGCAGCAGACGAACGAAACGGACCUGUACGCUGUGGACCUCGUGUUGCCGCUAUUGGCUUUGCAUGAGGCGGUUGCGGUGGAGGCUGGGGAAGCACUUAGUAGAUUGGCAUCAGUCGAAGCGAAUCAGGAGACGCUAGUAUGUCACAAACCAACGAUCGACCUGUUGCUACGGGCAUCGAAUUAAGGCUGUACCUAAUACAUCUUUGGACUCAUCCUUGAAACGUAUGGAGGAGUAUCCACCUAAGGGGGUAAUACUCUGCUCUCCUCCAUACUUAUUCUCAAGGAUGCGCUUGAAAGAUGAGUUACGGACAGCUCUAAACGAAGUAUCAUUUCGUCAGCACAAAACUGCAGACCAGCUGUUGGAAAGCGAUUCGGACGUUGUGUUGUAUUUGAAGAAAACUCUUAGACUUUGAUACGGACGGGUAACUAGAAACGUUCUUACUCCAUGUCUGUUCUCACGUUGUUUCUGUCGUCUUCUCUUUUGAGGGCACAGCGCAUCGCAUAGUCUGGGGGCUGGUAUGCUAAUCAGUGAUAAACUCAAUGUUGAUGAUUAAAGCAACAAACAAAGUCAACAACUUUCCGUCUUCACCCUCGGCGUCCCAAACCCACUCCCAGUCGCUCUCCCUGCCGAAGCCACGAAGCAAGUACUGGCAAAUGCUGGCGAGGAUGACGCGGUGUAUCUAUUGUUUCAUCUGCUGUCGCACCAUAACGAAGAUGUCGCUUUUUGCAAAGAGGGUUUCCAAACAUUAGCAGCUUUGUUUCGGCAAAUGUCACCAGAGCAGAUUCAAGAACGAACGCAGCUGAUGAGGGACUUGCUGGAUUUCAGUACAACUACAACUAUGCUGCAGCUGCUCGCUGUUGCUGUAAUUAUAUCCUCAAUAUUUAUGAUUUUUUGAAUUUUAAUGAGUGAUGUCGUGCAGUGUACGACGAACGUCACAGAAAGAAUGAUCAUAGCGGAUACGGGCGCUGCAGUCUUAACCUCAAAUAACUCCUCUACAAGACCCAAUCCAACGCGCACUCCCACUUCAAGCACAGGGUUAAUAGUGAAGCUAGCACUUAUUUAUCUUUCACUACUCGAGCAACCCCACUUUCAGGCUUCCUCUUCCUUUCCGACCUCAAGGAGAACCUAGAAGACGGUACGCUUCUCCGCUCAGCCUCUCAGCUGAUUCGGGUUUUGAUGAAGAAGAUCGAUCUCCAGUGCUUAAAGCUGGAGUUCGAAGAAGAGGAGGACGACGAAGACCCUGAAAACCAACUGGCGGCUGGAAGAGAAGUCUACAUCAACAGCAUCCGGAAGUUGACCUAUGUCGUCGCGACAUAUGCGAAGAGACAGGAAGGGGCUGUGCCUCCGUACUAGAAAUUCUACGUACGUUUCAAUUGAUUUGUGAAGUGUAUUUCAUCUGGGAGUAGUCAUAAAGAUGUAUUAAAUGCUUUUAGAAUGUGUUAUGUAGUGUUUGUAUGAAUUUGUGAAGUGUAUCUCUAGCGAUGAUCAAGACGACGUUGAGUAGCAGAAUGAUAUCAAACAUCCGUGUUUUCCCAUACCACAACCACUACCACUUCUACUCCUGUCAACACCAAUGAUUACACAUUCUCAAACUAGAACGACACACAUCUCCAACCAUCCUCCAGGCCCGAUCCUCACGACUACGCCGCCAACUCCUUAGCCUUGAAUGCCAAAGGAGGCAUGAUGGCACGCACUAGUUCCAGUAAUUCACCCACGAAGUCGUGAUAAGGGUAGGUUAAAGGUGCUUUUGUUACCGUUUGUUAUGGGUCUCCUAAGGGGGACGGCCAUAACAAACGGGAGAAACGAGCACCAAAAACCUACCUCUAGUCGUUCUUUCCGGGUAACGAGGAUGUGGCAGCCUUUUAUGCGGAGCUAGAGGAUAUUCCAGAUGUCAGCCCAGUGCACCUGCAUCCGGAUAGCAUAACGGGAGAAGAUGGGUAUGGCUGGGACUUCUCGGAAUACAUCAACUUGCUAGAAGAUCCCUUGCUCUUUUCCAACGAGUUGUAUUUGUUUUCCCACAUGCCUGUGGGGCUCGUGGUGAAGGAUCCAUAACCUAACCUAACCUCAUCUCUUUCUCUGGCUCUUCCAACAUCAUGAUCUCUUUCCCAACAUUAUGACUUGCUCUUCAUUCCCUCUUCGGCGGCCACCCCGACAGCGGCGAAGUGAAGCAAGAGGAGCUCGGGCAUGCAUUAUUCAUGCGUGCCAGCAAGAGUCUUGGGAAGAAGGGAACACUCCCGUCAAAUUUCCUUGGCAAUCUCCUUUCUGCAUGGGAUCAGUUGUGCUCCAAUGAGGACAGCAAGUUUAACAAGACAGGAGAAGUCGGUGGAAAUUCGUUACAGUUAAGUCUGAGGGAAAUCCAUGUUAGCCAGUUGCCAGCAAGAAAUCCAUGUUUUUCAGCUGGUGCUAGGAGCAUGCAUAUGCAAGAUGGAUUUUUUCUAGCAGCUCAAUCUUUAAUACAUGUAGAUACCACUGCACAGUUCGGCGCAACGUUUAGCUCGCUGCCUAGUGAACAUCAACGUGGAGGAGGGACCAAAGUGGAUCAGAUGAACAAGACUUCAGUUUCUUUGGUGACGCCUAGUGGAGGAGCCACUGGAGGAAAAAACCACACUAGACAAGCUCGGGAACCAGUCUAUGAAAAUCAAGAGUACGUGUUGAAGGUGGAGCUUGGCCUUUCGCUUCUAGACACAGCGUCACAGAUGUUGCGAGGCAUCUACGCGCCAUUGCUCCAGGAGUGCUGCCACCAGAUGAUGUGGACCUGCGUCAAGGCGCUUUUGAUUUUCUAUGCAAAACGCGAGAGGAUCACGGUAGAGGCAUUGAAGAAUCUGAGCACACUGCCGCCACUUUUGUUGUUAUGGACAUGGAGGUUUUGGAUUGAUUUUGAUUCUAGACGUUUUUUUCUCAAUUAUUAAAAUUUUUCCAAGGAGGCUCCGUUCUCAACAAAAUUUCUCUCAAUUCUUCUAAUAUCAGUCCAACAAGAGGGCAAGACCGAACUUAUCAAAAUCGUGUGCGGCAAAAUCCUAGAACAGUACGAGCGCGUGCCUGAUGUUGUUAUAUACGCUUGUCGGAUGCUGCAGGAUAUGCAGCUAGAUGAUACGAUAUCCGGAAAGAUGAUGAAAUACUCCAUGGUCCAACGAUGUCUGCGAUUGGUGCGGGCACACGCAACGAAUGUAGCAGUGACGAAGGAAGUUUUGAAGGUACAACUACCUCUAAUAAUUAGUAAUUCACAAAAAUUCUAGCCGUCGGAGUUCUCGACAAAAUUCUAGAGGUCUCGGCAAAAUUCUACCGCCUGCAGAACGAACUAUGUAUGUUCGUACAUCAUGUUAAUACUUGGUGGCUCAUCAUCACCUGGUGAAGAUAUUCUUUGGUCUGGGAUUCUUUUUGGUAAGCGCUUUGAACACGAUCAUAUUGAAUGAAUCGCGCAUCACGGUUUUCUCACCACAGGUUCUCCGCCUCCUCCUCGAGAAAGGCGAAGGUCGGGGUAAUGUUUUUCUCAAGUAUGGUGGAUGCGAGGAGUUGGCUGCCGUUCUACGGAGAUUCGCACCAGCUUGGCAAGAAGCGGCAACGAAAGGGCUGUUGAUCUUCACAUUCUCUUUUUUAUGGCUGGAAUUGGUUUUAGUUGAUGCAUCUUACUUUUUUUGGGCGUGCUCAUUUCAAUGAUCUCCCGAGAGCAUCUUCAAGUCAUAGUUCUUAUUAAUCAACUGCCUACCGCAUUCAUUCUUCAGACAACAGUAGCUCGGACCAACUACCAGCCCCUACGACCCCUCUUUCUCAUCCCCUACCAUCCCCUACCUUUGUCCCCUCUUCAUCUCCUCUGGCCGACCUUUCCGAAUCCGAUGGUGCUACACGACGACGCAUUAGUUUGGGGACUGGAAGGGAUACGGGUACGAGCUUACUGCGAUACCCGAUCGACCAACAGGAUCCUGAGUUGAGGGCGCAGGUCGGCGACUUCAUGCGACGCUUUGAGGGUGAAGAAAGCUCGUUGGUUGUCUAAGGCACCUGAGUGGCCGCAACACGGUCUAAACUAGGCCUAGGAGUACAGGAGGCUCUACUAGGAGAACAGGAGUCUCGUCUCGAGGACACAGAAUACUAACAGGGCUUAGAAUUUAUCAUUUUCAUCUGAUUCAUUUGGCAAAAGUAUUUCAUAUCCGUGAACUUUUUUCAUUUUUUUCAUCUUCCAACAAUUUGUGACAAUCAAAACUCAACUUCAUUUCGUGCGCGGGUGCACAACAAGGUAAAUUUUGUUUAGAUUAAGCUACUACUUCAAGAACAAAGAUAUCAAUAUCUUUGACUUUGUUGUCUGUAAAAUGUAGAACAAGAUGUACUCGCACGUCGCUCAUACACGAGAGCGACGUCGUAGAGAAAAUUCAAAACAAAAACUACUCAUGCUAACGAACAAGUGACGGAGUUUCAUUCGUAGUUAGAAAGCAUGCAAGAUCUAGCUCAGUAGCAGUAGUUGGUCUAGAACUUCUUACUAUUAAUUAAGUAUCGCUAUCCACUUGAAAUUAGGUAUAAGUUAUCCGUACCUCUGCAUGCCGAUGCCCGGAGGCGGACACGGAAUCGAAUUUCACAGUUUUGCAAGUUUUGUAUUCACAAUCUUGUAGUCUGUCUCAAGGACGCACAAAACGGAACAAAACAAAGACGCUACCUUCAACUUAGAUUCGAUCGAAGGUGGAAAUUGCGC